CAUCAGUCACUUUGGGUUAAUAAACUGGGUGGUUCGAGCCCUGAAUGCUGAUUGGCUGACAGCCGUGGUAUAUCAGACCGUAUGCCACGGCUGAGGAAUGACAUCGCUGCCUAUUGGCGUGGUCCUCUGCCUAACAGCCUGGAUCACUCUCUACAAACUACUGUGUAAUAACAAUGAAAGCCGUGGCUUUGAGUGGAACUGUAGGCUGGUCACACUGCUCCAUGGCAUCCUGGCGGUCUGCAUAACAGCAUACAUAGGCUAUGUGGAAGGACCUUGGCCCUUCACACAUCCAGGCACAAAGAACACCCCCCUUCAGAUCAGUGCUAUGGUCAUUAGCCUGGGCUACUUCAUCUUCGACAUGGGCUGGUGUGUGUACUUCCGCACAGAAGGCCCGGUGAUGCUGGUCCACCACGCAAUCAGCAUCCUGGGUAUCUUGUUGACCCUGAGCUUGGGGGAAUCAGGCAUCGAGUCCUGCGCCGUAAUCUUUGCUAGCGAGAUCACCAACCCCUUGCUGCAAGCUCGCUGGUUCCUGAGACAGUUGGGUCGCUAUGAGAGCCUGACGGGGGAGGUGGUGGAUGUUCUGUUUGUAGUGCUAUUUGUGUUCAUGCGCAUAGUGGUUGGCGGGAGGAUGUUGUACUGCGAGCUCAUCUCCCCACGGCCCAGGUUCAUUAUAAAGUGUGGGGGAGUUGCCAUGUAUGUGCUAUCCUGGGUGUUCAUGGUGGACAUUGGUCGUUUCGCCUACCGCAAGAGUCAAUCCAAAUACAGACGCUGGAGAGACCAACACAGAUUGGCAGCAGUUAACGGACAUGUCGGAAAGACAGACUGAAAGACUUCCUUAUCAUUAGAAUAUGAAUAACAACAUUCAAUGUUUAUACUAAUAGACAACCUUUAUACAUUUACUGGUUGUGUAAGCAUGGGGUUAAAGUCAACCCAUUCUUUAGGCCAAUAUGGUUAUAUUGGAAUAUUUGUUGGUAUUUAGCUAACACUUGUACAUUUUUUUAAAACAAGUGCAAGAGAAUGUUGCAUAAGCAUCUUCAAAAAUGUACAACUGUAGCAAAAACAAUUGAGACAUAGUUUGUCUUUUGAAACCAAAGGACCUAGUGCCAAUAUGAUGAGCAGAUGUAUUUCACAACCUAUUUACAAUUAACUGUAACCUAAUAGUAUGUUCUUCUAACCUUGUAUCCAGCAAUAAGUUGACUAUUGGUAAAUAGACACAUAACAUUCCCUAAUCCUCAUAGGUUAGGCCACACUUUUUUGAGGCAGUGAAAUUGAACCAAAACUGAUUCUUUCCUUUUCCAGUAUUUUGUUGUUGUAUGCAGUAGUUUUUCUGCAGAAAUUCUACUUUUUAUAAAUAUUUUGCGUCAAAUUUUUCAUAUUUGAGUCCAAUUUGAAUUGUAGUACAAUUUAUAAGCCAUUUAAAAACAUUCCAUUUCGUUUUUAGGAAGAUGUUUAUUAAUGCUCGCUGAGAUUGCAGUGUUACAUGACACUGUCUUUUAUAUAACAUAAAACUCAGUUAAACGCUACAUGUUUCUUGUGAUAACUGUCUUUCCAUUUAGCUACAAUAAAGGUUUUUCAUUAAAGUGCACAGCAACAACAAAUACGUAACGAUCAGUAACACGUGGAACAAAGUAAUUGUGUAACAUACUGUAAUAGUAUGUUUUUGUGGUAUUUCAUUGCUUGAUUGGGUGUAUAUUAGUCAUUAUAAAUUAGUUUAAAUUACCAAUUGGUAAACAACAGUUUGUGGUAAAUGUUGUGUGCAUGGAAUUGUUUAAAAUGUUCCAGUAUGAUGCUAAGUCACAUUUCCCAAUAUUGUAUGCAUUCAUAUUUGAAAUUCACUACUUUUCGAUGAAAUAUUUCAAUCUGGUGCCUAAAUAGUUAGACAAGGUGGAAUGGUACAUUCACCACCCCUGUGUCUUAGUUAAAAAUACCAAUGGGUAAAUGAUGAUUUGUGCUAAAUGUUUGUGCACUGUAUCGCUUAAAACGUCCCAGUAUGAUGCUAGAUCACAUUUCACAAUAUUGUAUGCUUUCAUAUUUGAAAUUCACUACUUUCAUAUGAAAUAUUUAAAUAUGGUGCCUAAAUAGUUACAGUAUGUGGAAUGGUAUGUCAACAUUCACUACCCCUGUGUCUGUGAUAAGGGAGAAUAAUAUAAGUGUGCCUUUGUGACUUUAUACGUGUUCAAAUGUAAUGUUUACUUUUGUGUGUUCAAUAAAUACCCUGAAUACAGAGCUGGUAUAGAAAUAUGUGCUGUAAAAUAUUACAGCACAUAUUAGGCCUGUAUAGUAUGAAAUAUUUAUUAGAAAAAUUUGAACUGAUUUUUUAUUUUUUUUUCUCAGGGAACUACUACUUUGCCACUUGUUAGAAUUUACUUUAAAUUAGUUAUGUUAAUUGUAUUACAACAUCUUUAAAAGGUAUACUAGCCUAUAUUGCUUUCAAAAAAGUAGUGUAGCCUUGUACUGUAUGUAGGGUAGACUUAUUGCUCUAUAGCCAUCACAGAGUGCUCUGUGCUUGAAGUAUUCUAAUUGUCCACAUGGUGGCAUUUGUAAAUCAACAAUCCUCCAAAAUACUGUACUAGAGUGCUCAACCAAAAAUGUUACGUUUGAACACGUUUUGCUGUCAAAUGCCAUAACCCUUUAACACUGUAAAGUGUUAUGAUUUAUGAUUGUUACAGGAGGAAAUUAUUGUACUUUAUUAACUGGUCAUUUUAAUGGGAUAGUUCACCCACAAAUUAAAGUUUGUCAGAAGUUGUCUGACCCCAAAA